ACCCCCAGCACUGUGUGGAGCCCGGCGUGCGGUGCGUCUCAUCAUCUUCUUCCUUCUUUUACCGGCAUUCGGAUCUGUAAUCGGCUGACAGCAUGGCAGACCAACUUACUGAGGAGCAGAUUGCUGAAUUUAAGGAGGCAUUCUCCUUAUUUGACAAAGAUGGAGAUGGCACCAUCACCACUAAAGAACUUGGAACAGUCAUGCGAUCCCUGGGACAGAACCCUACCGAAGCGGAGCUGCAAGACAUGAUCAAUGAGGUGGAUGCUGAUGGCAAUGGCACAAUCGAUUUCCCUGAAUUCCUGACCAUGAUGGCAAGAAAAAUGAAGGACACAGACAGCGAGGAGGAAAUCCGUGAAGCCUUCAGAGUCUUUGACAAGGACGGUAACGGCUACAUCAGUGCUGCUGAGCUCCGCCAUGUAAUGACUAAUCUAGGAGAAAAACUAACAGACGAAGAGGUAGAUGAAAUGAUCAGAGAAGCAGACAUAGAUGGGGAUGGACAGGUCAAUUAUGAAGAAUUCGUACAGAUGAUGACUGCAAAAUGAAGACUUGCCCCCCAUCUCCCUUCUAGAAUCAAACUGAAUCCUUUACUUACCUCUUGCAAAAAUGUUCAUUUACUCAUUCUGUUUCUGUAUAGCAAAACUGAAUGUCAAGAAAUUACCUUCUGUCCACGGAAAAAAAAAAAAAAUCUGCAUGUAAUGGUUGGUCCUGUCCCCAAAAAAGAUGAAGUUUUUAAACAUCAAAGUUUCACAGUAUAUAAAUACUUGUACUACCUUAUAACAACGAAGGAAGCACUUAAAGGACUCCUUAAGUUCCAUUUGCUAAAUGAUUACUACACUGUUUGGGCUGGCCAGUUUUAACAUGCAUGCAGCUUGACAAUUGAGCACAGAUUUGUAUUUAAAACAAAAAAAAUCAAAAAACAAAAUGGCGAAUCUGCCAUCUUUGGCAGAUCGUGGUAAUAAAAUUUGUAGUAUAUAUAAAAAAAAAAAAUUGUCAUAGCUGGCUUACUUUAAAAUUGGUUUAUACCUCAGGAUGGUAUGCAGCAAAAUGGUUGAAGGGUGCAAGUGUUGAGGAAUCUACACCCCCCCCCCCUCCUUUCCCCUCCCCCCUUUCUGGUUGAAAUGUUCUUUUGUACCUAGUGUGCUUAAAGAUCCAACCCUAUUGGAAGAUAUGUCUGUUUUCCGGGUUUUAAAACGUUGUUUGUGCUACGCUAGAAUUGAGACGGGAGUUGGGGCUGUUGUACCACUCGUGGGUUUUUUUUUUGUUUGUUUUUUAAAAGAAAUCACCGCCGGGGAGCAUCUUUGGACUCUCUAACUUAAGACGUCUGUACCAGACUUGGAGCCGACACUAUUCCUAUGUCAAUAUAGGACUACAGCACAAAACGAUCAACAAAAAGGCUGUUCAAGAAAUAAAAAAUAAAAAAAACUUCAAUAUGUCCAUUCCAAGUUGUAAAUGCUAGUUUUUAUUUUUGUUUUUCCAAUAAAAGACCAUUAACAUAAUUUUUUUUUUUUGUUGACACACUUUAAUUUAUUCAUCCAUCCAUGUACAGACUAUUUGUUUUUCAUUGUUUAGCUAUUUUCUUUUUUAAUCCUUCUAGAUGCAACCUUGAACGUCUUUCCCUUUUUGGAGAUUCCUACCCACAUUAUCUUGGUAGUGAUCCCAUUUUUGGUUUUAGCUUUGUACAGGCUGUUGCAAUUGUUUUUCUUUGCUGUUGGGUGAGUGGUCUUUCCAUGCACAGAUUGCCGUUCUGCGGUUAGGUUUCGCCACCCAUGAGUUUCUUUUUUUUUUUUUUUUUACUUAACGUCUGCAUCAAAUUGGCGUUUUGCUAAAGUCUUAAUGUGUGGCCCCCCCCAUGGAGAGCAGCGUUUUUCUUUUGCAUGCACAAAGUGUACAGACCUAAUAAAGGCACAUUUUAGCUGUAAUUUGAAUUUUGAUAAAUUUGAGGACUUUUGAGAUGUAUCCUAGGUAUUAACAGCUGUUGACACCUAGUCAGUGUUUGUUUUUUGUUUUCUCACAUUUCACAUGCAAAAAGCUGUAUCGCUUCUUGAAGAUUGACUGACAGUUGGGUCUCCAUCUUCAGCUCAUGCUUUUGUGGCAGGACAGAGGGUGACCUUAUCGACUUUUGGCGAUCUGGUUCUAUGAAGAGAUUAAAGGGCGGGCAGAUUCCUUUUUUGGAGGGUUUGUUUGGCGAUCCGGUUGCUUUUUGGAGGGUUUGGCGCUCCGGUUGCUUUUUUGGAGGGUUUUGUUGGUGCUCCAGUUGCUUAAUUGGUGGGCUGCAAUUCCUUUUUUUGGAGGGUUCAGGGAUUUUUGCUUUGUUGGCUCUCUAACACAAAGCCCAUUUUGGAAGAUUGCAGAUUUUGGAAGCCACAGCUUGUAGCUGUUGAGGAAAGUCUGCAGCUGGUUGGUACCUGUUCUCGUGUUCGAGGUUGUAAUUCUGAUUGAACCCACUAGACUAGGUGAAAUAUAUAUACUCAUGAAACUGUUGGAAUGCGUGACUACUGGUUUCGCAGAUAUUUUUAUAUGGAUCUAAUGUGUAUGCUUUAUAUCCCGUGUUUCAGGCUGUGUAUAGCAGUUGGGAGAGAUUGAAGGCUCGUGGGGAUGAGUUUUUACCAUUUUUUUGGUGUGAUUUUUGGGGGUUUUGACGUACCUGACUUCAAUCAUGCACUCUACAAACCCACCCUUGAGAGACACUAGUGCCCUGACUAGCAGUGUGACAAUAGCUGGUCAAGAGGUGGCUAAAUUGGUUGCGGUAAAAGCUUGGUGGCUUCUUUAUGGACACACUGGGAGUUCUGUCCCUUGCCCACUUCCCUGUAGACCAUCCAAGGAGACUUGUAAUGGUUAAAAGCUGCCUAGAUCUUGCUGCCAACUAAAGCUUGCAACCUAGGGAUGGCUUUUUUAACCUGUGCGGGGGCAAUGAACCUAUUUCUAGAAGCAUACGCUCUUUAGAACCAAAAUGGCUUCAAAACAUCCUAUUUUUUUUUUUUUUUUUGAUGUUGCAGUCAGGCCUUCAUUUCAUGGCAACGGAUGGGGGUAGUAUGGUUAUGGAACUAACGUUUUGUUUUUAAAAUGUUAAAAUCUCCACCACCUAAAUGGUAACUCAAUCUACACAGAAUGCCAAAGACAUUAAAUUUGCAGUAAAUGUGUUGCGGCGAUGGUUUGCAGGUGGUAUCAUUUUGGUGGUUAUCUGUUUUUUGCCCUGGCUGCCGCAAGUGGUAAUUUUUGGGAGGGAUAUUGUGGACUACUGCACUCAUUCCACCCAUCCCAUGACUGGAAGCUUGUGCUAAUUAUGAAUCCAUGCUUGCACUUUAGGGAAAUAAUAAGCCUUGAAACAAAGACCUGGGAUAGAGUAAAUGGCUGUCAUGUAUUGCAAUUGAAACUAAUUAAUAAAGCCAAAUAAAAAAA